AGCCAAUGUCCACAAUUGUCCGCCAAGGAGGCCCAUAGGGAUUUUCAUUAUAAUCCCUUUUUUUUGUUUCUUAUUUUUUUUUUCUUGCGAGAUACGGCGGGAACGUGCCCGUGCCAUCCGGUUUUCUGGAUUCUGCAGGGCGACAUCUUUUGCCGCCCGUUUCCGUCCCCACGAGUUUGUCCGGCCGUUGAAAGUAAGCAAGCAAAGCUGUGACUUUCCCAAUUGCUACUACCGAUAAUCGCAACACUCGGCCGAGUCCUACCUUUUCAACUUGACAACCAGCAAAGUUUCCCCAACUCUACCUUUUUUUUUUCUUCCAACAUUCAACUGUCCCCGGCCGCAUCUCCAACCCUAUUCCGGGACUGGCGCAGAGGAAGCAACUACCAUAGCAUCAUCCUUGGCUUGGCCCUCUUGCAGUGCCGAGGAGAAAGGACCCCUACCGCCCUACGAUCGACUUUGAAUUUCCUACAACGACGACGUAUCUCUGGAAUUUUUUCCCCCCAGGUGAAGCUAUGGGCAGAAGCAGGCCUCUAGGAGACACACAGUUUUGAGGGGACAAGCACCCGAGACGACAGGAAACAUACGCCGGCAUCAAAAACGACUGGGAUGCUUGCCCGUCUGGCUGGUUCCAGUCAACGCAUUGGCUUGCACCGAAAUUACUUUGCUUCUUUGGAGCGAUCGCCAGUUUUACCUCGGAAUACAACCAGGAGCCGAACGAAACGAAGCUCCCGAUAACAACUUUGCGCGCAUCUUCCUCGUCUACAGCUAGCUGCAACCGGUAGCUACGGCGAGGGGAGAUGUCUUUGAAUGGCCUUGACAGCCCCGAAAUCAAGGAAGCUCAUGGUACCGCCGUAGCGGAGCCUGGGGGAUGGUUCAUCCUCAAGUACGCCGGCCGCGAUGUGCUUGAGCUUCUUGGUCGCGGCAAUGGUGGCAUAGUAGAGAUUCGCAACGCCAUUUCCCAAUACGAGGAUCCAUCCCCGUUGUACGGCUUUCUACGCUAUAGGAGGAGGAAUGUAAUCAUCAAAUAUCUACCUGAGGACUGCUCGCGGCUGGUUCAAGCCCGAGUAACCGUCCACCUCGACUCAAUAUGCGAGCGCUUCUCGCCGUAUGAUACAGUUUUUGAAAUUGUGGAUGCCAAGGAGUUGAAGGAUACCAAGCUCUCGGCCGCAUGCUCUCUACACACUGCGUCUGGUUCCACGUCUUCGUCUACCAGCUCUCUUCGCCGCCGCCGGCUUAUGGAAAUUGCAGAGGAGGAAGAGGAGCAACGGGCAAGCAAGCGCCAGUCUGUGGUCGAUGAAGAGAACGAAAGUAGACCAAAAUCCAUUGAGGUGCCACCUGUCACUCUGGACUCGGAACUGGCCUCCUCACCUGAGGAAUCCCAGUUCUCUGGCAAGAUUGAGCCGCCGUCCUUCGUCGGAGCACAGUCAGAACGCCCACCUUCCACGAAGUCAUUAGACACAUAUGGCCAGCUAGAUUCCUACGGAUCUGGUUCUUUGUAUUCCUACAAGCCCAAAGUGAAGCUUGGGCCGCGCCCGUCACUCGACAUGAAUGCUCGGCAGCGCACCGGGGCCAUAGGCGGAUUUCGGCCCAUCUCUGCCCUUCCGGCUGGAUUCAAGAUGCAGAGGAAGGAAAAACCUGCCAUGGUGCGGCAAUCCAUGGAUGAGAAUUCACAUCCCAUUGUGCAGGAGCUCUUUGGACCCGGUGCUCGGGAUCCGUCAAACACGGUUCCAACUAGGCCUCACACCAGCGGUGGUAUACAGCCACCUCCAAUACCAGAAUCCAAGAUAUUCGUGAAGCAGCCGUUGACCCCUGGCGCUGUUUCAGUUACUUCUGCCAAAUCUUCAAUGUACCCUAAUGCCAACAGCCCAGAGAAGUCACGGCUGAAAAAGGCAAUGCAGUUGAGGGAAAAGAAGAAGCAAAAAGCUAUGCUGGUGGCUGCAGAUGCCAAGGUAGCUGAGACCGUUGCGGACCCUGAUGUCAAUGUGGCAUCGCCGGAUUCGGAUGGUGUCGGCCAAACGUCAUUGGCGGAGAACCCGGAGCCUAACGCAGCGGAUACAUCUAUUACAGAGGAAGCUGAUGAAGAGCAACCCCCCGUUGAUAGCCCGGAGCAGGCCGACAAAGAACCAGUAGCCGAACAGCCAUCUGUCACUGAGGAAUCCCCAGAUACCACGUCUGCGACGGAAGAUGAGCCAACAAAACCCGUCGACCAAAGUCUUAACCAGCAGCAGGAGAACGAUGGCGAAACUACAGUGGAUGAUAGAGAACAAGGCAUGGUCGUAGAUGAUCACGCCACUGCAACAACAGCGGCGACUGAGUUGGGCGACGACAACUUAUCCUCCUUGGCUCGGGAAGGGACAUUAUCGGAUGCGCAUACCGACUCGUCGCAUCCAGCCUCGCCGCUAGUGGGUUCUUCAGAUCUUGGAAACUCGACGAAAGCCUCGUCUGUAUCCGAGGCUACAGACGAGACUGUGCUGGAUCAGCCCCAAACCAAACCGGCUGAGGCUGGUGGUAACGAUCAGGCCCAACCAGACGCGCUGGUUGACGCAGUUGGUGUUUCUUGUAAUCCAAGUACUGAGAUUUCCGAAGAAGCCAAGCAAGAAGAUGAAGAUGAAGCCGCGGCCGCUGAGAGUCAGGAUCAAGCUGUUCACAGGCAAGAGCUGGAGGAACCAGCUCCUGUGCAAUUGCCGAUAUCAAAAUUCGCAUCUGCUGUCAAUUCGAAUCGCAGCCCAACUGUGGCAGGAGUUGUUACUGAGGCAACAAUAGGGAGCGAUGGGAAUGCCGCCGAGGAACACAUUCCUUCACAAUCUGGAUCAACAAGUCCACGGCUUGACAUUCCACAGUCCAAAUUCUCAACAGCAAAGCAACAGGCUGCAAGCCCGUCUGGCAGGUCCCCCGACACUCCAACCAUUGCCAUCAACGACCAAGGGGAGAAGGAGGAUGAGAAGGAGAACCGAGAUCCAGAGAACCUCGCGUCUGGUUUAGCCGCCGAGAAGUCGAAACAAAAACGAAAGAUAUCCGUUGAUCCAAUCCGAAUCGACACAGCCAAUCUCUCCGAUGACGAGGAUCUCAUGGAUGAACUGCAGACGGCGACCUUGCAGGAAGCCCGCCCCAUGAACAUCUCCAAGUCUCCAAUCACACCAGUCUUUCCCACACAAACUUUGGCUACCACGGCAGCCGCAACCACCGGCGAGUCUAGUCCUCGGCCGAUCACCAGCCAGGGCAUACCUAGCAGCUCCGUUACCAAUUCUCCAGCCGGGCCUGCUGGGCCCGCCAUAAGGCCGAUGACCGCCGCCAUGGACUCACCCUCUGGCUCUGGGAACAGCACUCCUCAAGGUUACCAUGGCAUGCGAUCUGCAUCGAACCCAACCGCCCGUGCUCCCCUUUCCCUGCUAUCAGCCACUGGGGAUAGUGACAGGCAUUUCGGCAUAAGGGCAGCAUCCUCAGGGUCUGCCUUCUUGAACAGGGUUGGAUCAUCUUCGGGAACGGCACCGCCCUCACCCUCACCAUCAGUCGCGUCGACGUCUGCUGCAAACCUCCUGGCGAAGAAGACGGGUGUUGGCAGCAGCAUCUCCCAGCGCAUCAAAGCUUUGGAGAAGCUAUCGGCCGCUGGUCUCCCAACGCCGAACGCAACAGAACGACCACAGUCGGCGUUCUUUGCUGUUCGUCAGCAACAGUCGAUUGGUCGUGGCGAAGCAUCCUCACGGGCCCCGUCGGUUGUAGAGCGGGCAACUUCCCUGGGUCAAGACCCUACACCAUCUCCUCCCCGGUCGCGUGGAAGAGAUAUCUCCACGGCGGCAGGCAGCAUUCGGGACAGGUCCGGAUCCAUCUCUAGCAGGUUGUCGGUUUUUGAGGGUGGCAACCUCCCCAGGGGCAGGCCAGAUUCUGUUCAGGUGACGGCCCGUAUCGUUAGGGAUCCACGUCAGCAGUUUCCCAGAGUGACGGAGCCACGCGCCGAUACGACCGAAGGAUCGAUGCUAGACCUGAAGCCUUCGGUCCUGGUGGUUGACCACGAGAAGGGUUCCCAGGAGUCCCCGGAGACAGUAGUAGUCCCAGCGGAAACGCCCAAGAAGGAGACUCUUCUGCAGCGUCGGCAGUCGAAAAAGGAGAAGCGCAGAUCUCAAUCCGAGGAUGUAGGAAGCAUUGCGGGGGAUGGUGCUGUAGAUGAGGUCGGUGAAGACGGUACUCCUCGCAGGCGCUCCUCUCUGAGCAUCGUUAAGGAUUUCAUCAAGGACCGCCGUCGCAGUGUGCUCAGCGGUGGCAAAUCUCCAUCGACGGACAACCUCCACAGUGCUGUGCUGACUCCAAGUCCUCUGACCAGUCCUAAUGCGUCCCGUUCACCAUCCAGGCCACCCUCGGUGCACCAAAGUACCAGUAUCUCGGGACGUUUGAGCAUUUCUAGCCGGCGGUCUUCGACGAGCAAAGACAGGGACCUGCCCCUUAUCCCUCCUGUCAUGUCGCCAAGCAAUGGCCCCGAGGCCAGCUGGUCUGGAGACGAGAGUAUCAAAGCGACCGAGAAAAAGAGCAGGGCUAGUCGAUUCAUCAGACGUCUGUCAAAUUCCCUGAGCUCCAGCCGCAAGACGGUCACCCCCGUCAUGUCCCCUACGGUUACCGAGGAGGAAUAUGAUGGCGAGGACCAUGGCUCCUUCUUCUCGGCGGGUCGGCAGACCCACCAACAGCAGCCAACACAGUUGGCUUAUAUGGGCGACGUAAACGUCCAAUUCCCCGACAAUCUCCUUUGGAAGCGCCGCACCAUGUGCCUGGACUCGCAGGGCUUCCUGAUCCUUAGUGCAGUGCAGGGAAUUGCCGCUGCAACUGCCAACAACACGGCGCUGAAUGGCAUCAAGCGCUACCACUUGAGCGACUUCCGCGUGCCGUAUGCGCCUGAGAUGGAGCAGCAGGAGCUCCCUAACAGCGUUUGUCUUGAUUUUAUCGAGGGCUCAAGCCUGCAGAUUGCAUGCGAAGACCGCGCCGGUCAACUUAACACUCUCCAUGCCCUGCAAGACGCCCAUCGUAAUCAUACGACAUUCGGGCAAUGAAGCCAAAACAAAAAAGAAAAAAAUCAACCGAAGGUCAUCGAUACCCACUAAUUACACUCAACCAACCCGCAUCAUUCACUGCCUCAUCAUCGGCGGCAUAUCUCCGUCUGAUCUCUGUCCAGAUUUCCUUGACUAAACUCUCUUCUGUCUUCCCCCGUCACAUCUUUUUCUUCUCUGGUCGGCUCGCUUAAAACCAACGCCUUGUUUUUUUUUUAUGUCUCAGGGCAAUCAUCUUCCGUGCUUAUAUCUACCGGCGUCUGAUUUUUGACGAGGGGAAAACCACACACAAAGAUACCUUUUGAUACCACCACGCAUCAUCUUGACUCGGAUGCCUUAUUUUGUUUUAUUCAUUUUUUUCUUUUGUUUACCUAGCACUGGCCUGUUUUUACCGUCUUUCCCAGAAACAAAAAACCUACCAGACA